GUCGGCGGGAAAAUGUUUCUACCCCUAAAAAGUUAAUUUUCAUUCAUUAUUUUUUUGUGGGGGGAGGGGGGUGGGUCUGUAAAUCCUCCAGCCACUGGCUCGAAAUAGCGGCGGGCGCCACAAAGGGUGACGUCAGGGCAAGAAAAGAAAUGCCGUGAGUUCCUGGGGGUGAGAAUUGAUUUCCCUCGGUGGAAAUUAGCGAGACGAGAAAGGAGGUGGAGGGUGGUUUUUGUUUUUGAAGCUGCUGUGUUUCAUCAAAACCAUCUUGUGUUUUUAAGCGCAGCAGUGGUUUGUAAGAGGAUGUUGGGUUUUCGCCCCUCAGUUAAUAUUUUCUCUCCCUAAAGUUUUCUCCCAAUUUAAAAUUUCUCCCCACAAUUUAAAAUUUCUCCCCACAAUUUAAAAUUUCUCCCCACAAUUUAAAAUUUCUCCCCACAAUUUAGAAUUUCUCCACAGAAUUUAAAAUUUAUCCCCACAAUUUAGAAUUUCUCCACAGAAUUUAAAAUUUAUCCCCACGAUUUAAAAUUUAUCCCCACGAUUUAAAAUUUAUCCCCAUGAUUUAAAAUUUAUCCCCAUGAUUUAAAAUUUAUCCCCACGAUUUAAAAUUUAUCCCCACGAUUUAAAAUUUAUCCCCACAAUUUAAAAUUUAUCCCCAGAAUUUAAAAUUUAUCCCCACAAUUAAAUUUUUAUCCCCACAAUCACAGUUUUAUCCCUAUAACUAAACUUUUCUCCCCCCAAUUAAAGGUUUCUCCCCCCAAUUAAAAUUUUCUCCCAAUUCCAGUUUUCUCCCCACAAUUAAAGUUUUCUCCCCAUAAUUGAAGUUUUUUCCCCGUGAUCAAACUUUUCUCCCCCCAAUUAAAAUUUUCUCCCCGCAAUUAAAAUUUUCUCCCAACAAUUUAUCCCCAGUUAAAGUUACCUCCCCCACAAUCAAACUUUUUCCCCACAAUUAAAGUUUCCUUCCCCCAAUUAAAAAUUUCUGCCCAUAAUAAAAAAUCUCUCCCUGCAAUAAAAAUUUUCUUCCCCCAAUUAAAAAUUUCUCCCCAAUAAAAUUUUCUCCCCACAAUAACAUUUUCUUCCCCCAAUUAAAAAUUUCUCCCCAAUAAAAUUUUCUCCCCACAAUAAAAAUUUUCUUCUCCCAAUUAAAAAUUUCUCCCCAAUAAAAUUUUCUCCCCAAUUAAAAAUUUCUCCCCCAAUUAAAAUCCAAGGCGAGCCCCCCCAGCCCCCCUCACCCGGCUCCGGCGGGAGCAGGCAGGCGGCGGAGGCGCGCCCGUCUCCGCCCGAGAGAAUCGCGAAACAGAAGAUAUGAGGAAAAAAAAACCCAAAAACCCCAAAAAAGCGAUAAUUUUGUGUUUGCGUCGGGGUUUUAUAUUGUUUUUCCCGCGGGGGUUUUCAGGGGGAUCCUCCAGGGCGGACGGGGAAGGGGCUGCCUGACCGCCGGCAUCAACCGCAGCGGGUUCCCUCCCGCCCCGCCCCCUCCUUGCUUUUUCCUGCAUUUCUCGAGAUUUUGGGUCGCUUUACGUUUGGUUUUUGCCCAGCCGGGGCGGGCAGACCAUCAGAAAUGCUGAUUUUCGGGGGGGGGGGCGGGAGGGGCAAGCGCUGCCGGGGGUGUCGGGGACGCCGCGAGGCCGAGGUGCCACGAGCUGGUUCCCUCCAGCCCCUUUUAUGUUUUUUUUUUUUAAAAUAUAAAAAUACCAUUUUUCCGCCCCCUCCCGCCAACCGACCUCGGCCUCCCCGCGCCCCCAUCCCUCCCCCACCCCCGCCAGCGUCGUCGUCGAGCGAAUGCGUCCAACGGGGGAAAAAACUACAGAAAAAAGCGUUGUUGCAAUGAAGCUUUACCCAAAAAAACCUCUUUCUUUUUUUUUUUCUCUCUUUUUUCCCCCCCGAAGCCGGCGCCGCCGGGCUCUGGGCGCGCAGGAAGGGUGAAGCGUGGAAACAGCUCGCCACAAAAACUUUCCGUGAAGCGACGAAGGCUGUAGAGAUCAAAGGCCCAGAUACGGCGUUUCCUGGGGCCGGCGGCGGGCGCGGGCAGGGCGGUCACAGGGCCGGCGGCCGCCCCAGAGCGCCCUCGCUCUCGCGACGCGCCGGCCAUGGCGGCGGAGGUGCUUUACGCCGACCUAAGGCUUCCCGUGGCCCGCUCUCCUCCCGCCGGGAGGCAGCACGCUCCUGCCUUGUGUCCGCAGUGGCACGGGGUCCUCCUCAAAGUCGGCGGGCUGGGGCACCUCGUCCUGCUCGCGCUGGUGGCGGUGCUGAGCGUGCAGGUUUUCCAGGGCUCUCUGCAGCCGGCCACAACGUGCGCUCCCCGGCCAGGCAGUGAGAUCUGGGGAAGGAACCGCACGGAGCGAUGCCUGGUUUCAUCCCUGAUGCGGUAUUUCUGCGAGCCCCGGCAGGAGACCCCCGCAGCCUCCGCUGGCUGCAGGCUGUGUCCCCAGGGCUGGCAGCUCCACGGGGAACGGUGCUACCGGCUUUCCAAGGAAAAGGGAAGCUGGACUCAAGGCAAGAAAGACUGUGAAAAUCAGAAGUCUCAUCUGGUAGUGCUCCGGGACAAGAAAGAAGAGGAACACGUCAAGAAUAUUACGGGCGGACGCACGCAGCCGGUGUGGGUCGGGUUAACGUCGUCCGAGAAGAAGUGGAGAUGGGUGGACAACACAACCCUCGACGCCAACACGUUUAGCGCCCUGAAGGAGGCGGGCGAAGGGUGCUGGACGCUGAAAGGUGAGGCGUAGGAGGUCAAUACCUGCGAUGGCGAACACGAGUGGGUUUGUCAGAAAGACCCUUUCCGGCUCUCGCCAUCGGUGGCGGGAGAUGGAGAGAAAUGCCAUGGCUCCCUCUGACACCUGCCCGCCCCGAAACGCCCGGCCCGUGACGCGCUUGUGUCCAAUCUUUGGGGCGAAGCCGGCCCCGUUUUCACCGUUCCUGCUCUGCAAGGGAUUUCGGGGUUUGAAAAGGCAUUUCCCACGCGGGUCACGGCAGUUUUGGGCGGGGGGGGGACGACGGGCACAGAUGAACCCCCCCAAACUGGGAAACCAGAAAUAGCCGCACCCCAGGCGCUGCGUCGAUAGAGCCACGGCAUCAAUAAAAGCCAACAAAACGGGUUUGCUUCACUCGGUGGAAGUAAAACGGCGUUGCAAACAGGAGUUUCAGGAGGCAUAAAAUCCAAAUUUAUUUUUUAAUAGUGCAAAAUUCAGUUAAAAUGUUUCCUGAGCGACGGCCGCGGUAAGGGCUCGGCUCCCGGGCAGGCAGAGAGCGGCAGCACAGGGAUC